GUCCAAUGACAUGAUAGUCCAGCUAUAUGUAUUGAUGACGAUUAGUGUACGGGACUGCGCAGCAAUUGAUCUACCCCAGCAAACAUCAACUAGGCGUGUACGUAGUUACCAUCUUGAGCCUUGAGGCAGACAGUACGAAUGCCGGCGCAUCAACACCGCACCAACAACGGACUACUGAGCCUUAUACAGCUGUUAUGAUCACAAGCUGUCACUUAGCCGUCGAUUCCUUAGUCACACCUGCCAGAUAAGCAUCAAGACGGAAUCAUGGCAAAUAUCAAUCCCCGGUCGUCUCGGGGUGCUUCACUCGCACCCUUGAGCACUCCCAAGGUGGUCGCAACCCCAAAUCGACGAGGCAUCAGUGCCGAACCAGCAUCAGGCCGUCCUCCCGCUUCAGCUAGACGGAACAAUGUCACCACCCCGCACGCCCGCGCCGCCAUCCGGGCAAUGGACCAACGGCGAGCCGCUCUGUUUACUCCGGGGAGAGCCCGUCGGCGCAGUUUGCGCGAACAACGCGAAACGCCCCGGGAUCUCUUACGAAACUUGAGUCGGGCCCUCGCCCCAACUUCCAGGGUCAUUUCCUCGUCCUCGUCGCCUGACUCUUCAACUCGAGAUAAUGAGGCGACUUUGCCUUCCUUUCCCGAGGAAGACGAGGACGAUGAUGAUGAUUUCCCUAUAGAACGUCCCCGAUUCUCUCUGCCACUUGGGCCUGAAGAGGAUGAUGAUGAUGAUGACCUGAAACCCCCUCGGCUUAGUGGACUCGAGGAGGACAACUACACCAUGCAGUCAAUCGAGCUUCCUCGCCGCGCAGUAAUGGAUAAUACCAUAAGGAGCAGUCUGGGUAGCAUGAGAUAUAGCGAUUAUAUGGGACCAGAAGUACACAGUGAUGACGUGGGCAUUGACUCUGGAUUCUUCCCUCCGCCGGCUUUCGAGGAUAGUGGAGAGGUGGAGAUGGAAGAACCGGCUAUUAUUGAACGCCUGGAGGCUGAUGAAGCGAGACGACAAACACUUGGUGGCGAUAGUGUGUUCGGGGCUAUAGACAUCCCCGAUGUAGGGAACGAAACUACGUUCGUUAUGGCCCCUGUCGAGUCUCCAGUACGAGAUCCCACAGCGACAGAGGGUUUGGAAGAUUUGGAUGCCGAUAACGGCCCGCUGGAUAACAUGAAUUAUGAUGAUGAUGACGACGACGAUCAUGUGAACGAGCCUAUGGACAUGCCUGAUUUUGAUGUUGAGGAUGAAGUCGACGAGGCACCAGAAAACAACAUCAGUACGGUAGAGGAGACAACAACAUCAUCGCACACAGCUGGCCUAGUGCGGGAUAGGGGCUUGAAGAGAAAGAAAGGGAAGAAGAUAUCGAGAUAUGGGAUAGAAUAUCCUUCCCUUCCCACAAAUGUGGUAAAGCGAUUAGCAAUGACCUGUGCAAAGACUGCAGGAACCAAAGGCAAAAUCAGCCCGGACACAUUAGAUGCCAUAAUGCAAGCGACGGAGUGGUUUUUCGAACAACUUGGCGACGACCUCUCGGCAUAUGCCAAGCAUGCAGGCCGUAAGACUAUCGAUGAGAGUGACAUGAUUACUCUCAUGCGAAGACAACGGCAGACAAACGCUUCAACUACGCCUUUUGCGUUAGCUCAGCGUCAUCUACCCAGAGAACUUUUACAGGAGCUGCGUAUGCCCGUACCAAUACCUAGUAAAGGCCCACGGAAGAAGGCGAGGCGCAUAGAUGUCGAGGACGAAGAGCAGGAAGAAGUGACUUGAAGCCAAGGUAAACACCUCGAUUUCAUUAGAUACGCCUCAUAG